AAAGAAAAGAGAGACAGUCCAAGAGCACUCUAGAGUUGUAUGAAUGAAGCAGGGCAAAGAAGCUUCAAUAGGAAACAAGGCAACAGGGCAUGGUAGUCAGAGCAUGAUCAGAGAGGAAUGUGUCACAAUGGAGAGUGUGUAAAGAGGGAAAGGAACAAACCAACCACCUAUAUUUUGACUGGCUAAUAACAUCCAAUCAUGAAAACACGCUUUUCUUGCAGGCUUGUUGGUUGAUAGUUGAGGUUGCAGUAAAAGUCGCUUUCUCCCAUAAACAUCCGCAUCUCUUUCUUUUUGAUAUUUUUCCUUUUUUAUUGCUUUAUUUUGUCGCACCACAUCUCACACCCAUUCCGAUACAUUUCAUAUAUUAUUCCUCACCUGUAUUUUCCAUCUUUUCUUAUCCCAUUCCCCUUCUCGGCCUGAGAUCAAACUCACCAUACGAGGAAAAUACCCAUCUGGGUAUUGCAGAUUUUGAUUUCUCUGGGAAAAUUGGGGAUUGGGGAUUGGGGAUUCGAGGUUUUUGGCUUCUCAAGGAAAAUACGGAAGUGGGUUGUCGAGAUUUGAUUCCUAUCGGAAGUUUUUGAGUCUGUGAUGUCGCAAUUUCAUCUGGGUAUUGCAGAUUUUUGUUUUUGAUGCAAAAUUUAGUAUUCGGUUUUGCUAAUAUAGGUGGUGAAUGAGGCUUUUGUUUUUUCUCUUUUGUUCCGUUUUCCCUGUUUGUUUGGGUUUCUCGAAGUUAACGAUAUCUUUAACUAAUAGAUAGACGGUCACAUCCAGAUUGGAUUUCCCAUAGGUAGUUCCACAGUUGGCUAUCCUUCAUAAGGGUUUUUUGGUGCAAAUCCUUGAAGCAUCCUGUUUAUUUUAGGACAGUGCCAGAAUUUGUUGUGGGUUGUUAAUAGUUUGGUAGAAAAAUAAGGAAUUUUGUGCAGAGAGAACCAUUACUUAUUUCUUUCUUCCAAUUUUCUUUAUAUAAUUUCUUCGAAUCCUUUAAGAAUCAAGGAUUAGAAGUCCUUUAAUACAUGAGAAGAUCUACCUGUGGAUUAUACUGUAAUGCAUUCUUGGUGAAGAUUAAGCGUUGUGAAGCAAGGAAACAAUACAAUUUUUGUUUUAUUUGGGGGUGUAAAUUUGGAGGAUCAUGAGAUUUCUAAGCAUUGUGGGGAAUUCCUUUGGAUGCUCUGCUUCUGGGGAGCGCCUGGUUUCAGCGGCAAGAGAUGGUGACCUUCAAGAAGCCAAGGCUUUAUUGGAAUAUAAUCCACGUCUUGCAAGGUAUUCAACUUUUGGGGUUCGCAAUUCCCCCCUCCAUUACUCUGCAGCUCAGGGCCACCAUGAGAUUGUCUCCCUCUUGCUUGUAUCUGGAGUAGAUAUUAAUCUCAGGAACUAUCGAGGACAGACUGCUUUGAUGCAAGCUUGUCAACAUGGCCACUGGGAGGUUGUUCAGACACUGGUUCUUUUCCGAGCCAAUAUUCACAGAGCAGAUUAUCUAAAUGGUGGUACCGCUCUCCACUUGGCUGCUUUGAAUGGGCAUUCUCGAUGCAUUCGGCUCCUUCUUGCGGAUUACAUUCCUAGCAUUCCUGAUCUUUGGAACAUCCUGAGAAAAAGAUCAAAUAGGGAAGAAUCUAUUUCGGAAUUUGAUGAAGGAGCUCUCUGUCAGGUAAUCAAUAGACCUGCUGAUGGGGGCAUCACUGCUCUUCAUAUGGCUGCACUGAAUGGACAUGUUGAAACUUUGCAAUUACUCUUGGAUUUAGGGGCUUCUCUUUCUGAGGUCACUGUGGAAGAUGGGACGACAAUUGACUUAAUAGGUGCGGGAAGCACUCCUCUUCAUUAUGCUGCAUGUGGUGGAAAUGCACAAUGUUGCCAGAUUUUGAUUGCUAGGGGUGCCUAUUUGGCUGCUGAAAAUGCAAAUGGAUGGACUCCCUUGAUGGUUGCUCGAUCAUGGCAUAGAGGUUGGCUUGAGGAAAUUCUUAGCACGCAGCCAGAAGUCCAGUCACGGACUAUUUCUUCCUCAUAUCUAUCUCUUCCACUUAUGAGCAUUGUAAAAAUUGCCAGAGAAUGUGGAUGGAGGAACAAUGAUUCCCUACCAACAUGCCAGGAUCCAUGUGUUGUUUGUUUGGAAAGAAAGUGCACUGUGGCUGCUCGAGGUUGUGAUCAUGAAUUUUGCACAAAAUGUGCCUUGUACCUCUGUUCCAUGAACAGCAGCUCAACUGUCUCCCAAUGUCCCCUGGGUUCAAUUGCCUGCCCUCUCUGCCGAAAUGGCAUAGUUUCAUUUGUCAAACUUCCAGGCACAAAACCAUUAGUUAAGGAGAUUGCAAGAACAAGUUUGUCCCUCUCGUUUUGCACAUGUUCCGGUGAGGGGCCAGAGCCCACCUCACUAACAACUCCAUUCUGCAAGCCUGAUUUCCAUUGUAGCCGGAUUUCCCCCCUCGGAUCCUCAUUCCGCAGCCUGAGCUGCCAACGGUUCUCUUCAGUGAAACUCAACUCUAGCCUUUGCAUGGGAGCACCAGACACUAGUCCUUCUUUGGUUCCAUGCACGGUUGACCGAAACUUGCGAAACCACUUGGCUAGGUGUUCAAGGUCUGGCUUAAGACGAUCCGCUUCCCACUCUGAGAGCAGAAGGUCAUGGUUUUCUGCCCUCAAUCAGUAUGUAGCUACCGGCAGUGGAUGCUGACCAUUCGGGGAAGUUGUUAUUUUUUUUUUCUCUUUCUCCUCGACAAAAAUGUCUUAUAUUUGUCUUUCUUUUGGUCCAUUGUUUAAGCUUUCAAUCUUCGGUUGUAAAUGAUUAUUGGGUUUGUAAAUACAAAAAUCUCACCCACCCACACUAUACAACAAAUCCAUGGGAUUUCAGCUAAAAUGCCUGAUGCUCUGGAGUUGGAUAACUGGUUCUUUUGAAUGUUAAUUUUCAUAUAAGAUGUUUGCUCAUCACUUCCUCCAAUUUGUAGUGAGAGCAAGUCAGGUUGCAUAGCGUA